UUUUUCUUCAAAACCAGAAUUCAAAGCUGAUUCAUAAUGCUCUUAUGCAGAUUUAAAGUCAUUGGUUUAAGUUCUAAUAAAACCUAGUCCUAGAUGGGCUUCAAAAGACUUUUCAUCUAGUUUUAAGAGUUCCAUGAAUGUUUAAUGAGCCUCUUGAUAUUUCUGAGUCAAUAUGUAAAUAUUUCCUAAAAUAGAUAAUUGUCUUUUCAAACCUAUUUCUGAUAAAGCAAGUUUAUGAUAAGGGUCAUAUUUAAUGGCUUAUUCUUAAGAUUCUAAAGCCUUUUAAAAUUCAUUCAAUCCUAGAAAUGCUAAACCUAAUAUAAGUAAUUUAUAAGAAUUUGCCUUUCCAAUAGUGAAAAUCUGCAGAUUCAGAAUUGAGA